UGCAUUUUAUCAGAAUAAAUGCAAAUGUUUCUAUACGAUUAUUAACUUCGUAAUGACAAGUAUUAACCAGUUCCGUCGCGGAAUAUCUCCGCAGCUGAAAUGGUACAUAUUUGUCGAACUCGCAUAUCUCGAAGUUCCGAGAUACCGAGUAUAAACUGUAUAAUAUUCUGUAAAUAUAUUAUGCAUUCACAGAUAUUUGUGUAUUUGUUUACAUUAACGGAAGAAUGAGAUCACAAAAGCUGGCUUUCACAACGGUAGCAGUCCUGCUUAAUUUUGGAUACAUCAGUUGUUGUCUACAAGGAGCAUGUAACCCAGACAACAGGCUUUGUUUAUGCGACAACAGACACGAAAGCAGCCCGUGCAAUAUCAAACCAAACACGUGUCACUCUAGCACGUGUGUCCAUGGCAACUGUAUUUUUAACAAAGUUAACCAUACAUGUACAUGUAACUGUCUGGAUGACUCUGCGCAGACCACUCUAAUGAAAGACAGGAUAGCGACUGAUUGCUUUGAUGUGCGUAAGAAGAAAAUAGGAACAACAAGCGGGGUAUAUAGUGUGAUGUUAUGGAAAUCCAAACAAAUUAUAGAUGUCUAUUGUGAUAUGGAGACCGACAAAGGAGGCUGGACGGUGUUUCAAAACCGAUUUGAUGGAUCUGUAGAUUUCUAUCGUAAUUCUACCGAGUAUGAAGAAGGGUUUGGAACUCUAAACGGAGAAUUUUGGCUAGGUCUUCGUUACAUACAAGAGAUGGCGGAACAGGGCAAAACAUACCUGCGGCUUGAUGUAACUGCUGUUGACGGCGAACAUGUUCAUGAAGUUUUCAGGAAUUUCAAACUUUCAGAAGCACCUGAUUAUUAUCUUAAGAUAGGCAAACAGACGGUUAAACCUCUGUCAGAUAAUGAAUUUGGCUUUUCGCUGAGUAGAGGGUGCAAGUUUAGCACGUAUGACCGUGAUGUUGACAAGUCUGGGGUUCGACACUGCGCAGAGUUGUACCGAGGAGGGUGGUGGUAUUGGGACUGCGCCCAGGCGAACCUCAAUGGGGAGUACAUGAUCCCUCCUGGGUCCAAAUCCCAGUACGAUAUCGGAUUUGGAGGAUUUAUUUAUUAUGCAUUUAAAGGAACCGAUUCACUGAAGUCGUCAAAGAUUAUGUUUCGGCGACGUAAAUAAACAGUGACUUUACGCACUUUUUGUACAUAAGCUAUAAAUCUUGAAAUACGUUAAUAAUAGUGCAUUAGAUUUACAAAUGUUUUCGAUGCAUAGAAUGUAAGGAAUAUUGUUGCUAGAUUGCUAGAAGUUGGCGACUUUGACGAACUUUAUUUUUUUGUUUAAAUAUGCUGUGACAACGUUAAUGUCUUAAACCAGCUUGCGUGGUGUAAUAGCUUUGUCUUAUUAUUUAUGUCUUUGUCAGCUACUUUAACUCUAUUUCUUGUAUCAUUUUCUUUUGUAAAAUUAAAUAAUCUCAGACUUAUAUGUGACUAAAACGAUACACAAUGUUUAUCUAUUACAUCGGCAUUCAGCUGCUUUCUACCGUAUAUGUUCGCUUAUAAGACGCACUCGCUUAUAAAUACGACGUCGGACAUGCAAUCUGGGGUUUCUUUUAAUUUCCCUGUAGUACACACUUCUAAAAUGCUCCACACUCUCUGAACCGGAAAUAUAACUCCUAAUAAUGCGUCUUAUAAGCGAAGAUAUACGGUAUAUAUAUGGCCUAGUUUGAGCACUUACUAUUGUAACUGUAGUUAAACUAAAGUUAAAUCGAAUUGCCUCUAGUUGACGGAUAUGACGUAUUUUUUUGUUAAAGAGUAGUUCAACUAGCUGGUAAGCCUUGUUUCUCUAGUUUCAAAAUGGCGGAAAAAGUUUGGAAAAUGUUAACGUAAUUGCAACAUUUUUAGGGUUUUAUUUAAAUUUAAUUGUGUUUGAUUGCUAUUGAAAGAUACAAUGUAGUUGUAAGUGUUACAUAUGUGCAGUUGAGAAGUGUGUAUUAAUUGGGAUCUGUUACCUGUUUAAUCCUAUAAAAAAGAUCCAAAAUAUAAUCGAUGGUUCUUUGGGCGUCGCCACAUUACUUUAGCUACUUCAUCACUUCAGUCGCUUAAGCUGGAGCUAUGGGGCGUAAGGGGUAUUGCACAUUUCCAUUACCUCUCGUGAC